AUGAUAAGAAUUCAAUAACUGGGAUAGCAAUUGAAUGCAACCAAGUCAACAUUGACAAUUCAGGAUUCGAGAUCAGGAAAGAAAUACGAGAUCCCCAUUUCUAAUAAUUCCAUUAAGGCAAGCGAUCUCGAGAAGAUAAAAGAUAACAAUGGUUCAAUCAUUCGCUCUUAUGACCCUGGUUAUAUGAACACAGUUAAUUGCGUACAUUUUGCAUUCAUACAAGACAUCCAAAAUUAGUUUCAUAGACGGAGACAAUGGAAUUCUCGAAUAUCGAGGCUAUCCCAUUGAGCAAUUAGCUGAAAAAAGCACUUAUUUGGAAGUGGCCUUCCUGCUCAUCUAUGGUGAAUUGCCAACUUAAUUGCAAUAUGAUAAAUGGUGUAAAAAGUAUGCAAUUAUUUAUUAUUUAAUUUCAGAAUCCAAACUCACACAUUUGUCCACCAAGAUCUGUAUGGACUCUUGUCCCAAUUUAGAUAUGAUGCUCACCCUAUGGGAAUGGUUAUCAGUUCCUUAUCAGCAGUGAGUACUCUGCAUCCAGAGGCAAAUCCAGCAUUGUCAGGACAAAAUAUCUACGCAGUACUCUAUAAUCAAAUUAUAAGGAUUAAAAAUCGAGGAACAAACAAAUUCACAGAAUGAUUGGAUCCAUCACAACCAUCACAGCCCUUGCAUAUAGAAAUAGAAUCGGAAGACAACCAAAUCAACCUCAUUAAUAAUUGGGAUAUGUCGACAAUUUCUUAUAUAUGAUGGAUAGACUUAAUGAAUCCAAUUACACUCCACAUCCAACAAUUGCAAAGGUCUUAGACAUCCUCUUCAUCUUGCAUGCUGAACACGAAUUGAAUUGUUCCACUUCUGCAGUUAGACAUCUCACUUCCAGCGGAGUCGAUAUCUAUACAGCUAUUGCUGGAGCUGCAGCUGCACUCUAUGGUCCUAAACAUGGUGGUGCCAAUGAGGCAGUCUUGAGAAUGCUUGAAAAAAUUGGAUCCAAACAAAAUAUUCCUUAAUUCAUUGAAAACGUGAAAAACAAGAAGGCGCUCCUCUUUGGAUUUGGCCACAGAGUUUAUAAGUCAUAUGAUCCAAGAGCCAAGAUUGUUAAAUAAUUAGCAUACUAAGUGUUUGAUUUGGUUGGCAAGGAUCCAUUGAUUGAAAUUGCAUUGGAAUUAGAAAACAUUGCCUUAAAUGAUAAGUACUUUAAGGAUAGAUCACUCUAUCCAAAUGUAGAUUUCUAUACUGGAAUCAUUUAUAAGGUAAGUUAUUUAUCCAAUUCUAUCUUAGGCUCUUGGAUUUCCUACUGAUAUGUUUCCUUUGUUGUUUGCCAUUCCAAGGAUUUCUGGAUGGCUUGCUCAUUGGUGUGAAUUCCUUGAUGACCCUGAAAAUAAAAUUGUUAGACCAAGAUAAAAUUACCAAGGAUACAAAACAAGAGAGUAUGUCCCCAUUGAUUAAAGAAAACAGACAGAUGCCUAUAUUCAUGCACCAUCAACUUCCUUUUCAACUAGAAGAAAUGUUUCUGUUAAAAAAUGA